CUGGCCCUGUUUUAAAAGUUUGGGGACCCCUGGUGUAGAUUGAUAUCAAAGACAGACAGAAGCAGCUGCAACUCCCAUUGGACUGCAACUCCCAUCAGCUCUGGGCAGCAUAGCCAAGGUGAAGGGACCAUGGGAGCCGCAGUUCAACUCCCAUAUACACAAAAAUUACAAGAAAAUCAACCUGUACACCCCCUUACACAUGAUUUCCAAUCUGUCCUCAAUAUUUUCCUCUAGUAUUCAGCUUCCACUGGGAAACCGAAUGAAUCAUAUGAGUUUUAUUGUUGUGUGCCUUCAAGUUGUUUCUGACUUACGACAACUUUAAGGCAAAACUGUCACAGGAGUUUCUUGGCAAAAUUUGUUCAGAAGGGGUUUUCCUUGCUUUCUUCUGAGGCUGAGAGUGUGUGAUUUGUCCAAGAUCAUUCAGUGGGUUUCUAUAGCUGAUUUGAACCCUGGUUUCCAGAGUUGUAGUCCAAUGCCCAAACUAUGGCAUCUUGUACAUUCAUAAAAUUGUUUCAUAGUAAUUUUUGACCAGAAAAAAGCUGCUAAAGUGCCUUAACCUUAAUAAUUUUUUACAAACAAAAACAUUUUCCUUCUUAGUUUUUUUUUAAAAACAUUGACCAUAUUUAUUUGAAUGUCACAGUUCAGUCCCCUUCUUAGCACUUCAGUUUUAUGCAAUCUUUUUGGCACCAAACACUUGACAAUACGUAUUUUAAAAAACAAGAUACAUUCACUUUUAUUAUCUGAAUAUCCCUUGUUUAGAGAAAGACAGAAAAGAAGGCUGUGCUUUAUCCUUUUUUGGGGGGAGGGGGAACGGACCUCUAAAGUAGUAAGACAUAAUUGAGUAUGUUUGUCUAUUUUCUAUCCUCCAACACAGGCACAGGCAAACUUUGACCAUCCAGUCACUUUGGUUACCAACUCCCACAAUUCCUAGUAGCCUACCGGCUGCAUAUACAUCACAACUUCUGAGGAUGCCUGCCAUAGAUGUGGGCAAAAUGUCAGGAGAGUAUACUUCUGGAACAUGGCCAUACAGCCUGGAAAACACACAACAACCCAGCCUACCGGCUGUUAGGAACCAUGCCUGCUCCAACAUUUCACAGAUGAAAAUUUAUUUAUUUACAGUAUUUAUAUUCUGCCCUUCUCACCCCGAAGGGGACUCAGGGCGGAUCACAUUAUAUACAUAUACGGCAAACAUUCAAUGCCCAUAUACAUAGAACCGAGACAGACACAAACACAGAGGCAAUUUAACCUUCUCUUGAGGGGAUGUUCGAUUCUGGCCACAGGGGGAAGCAGAUACUUCAUCAUCCACUGUGACUUCCUCAUUCCACGUCGUAAAUUAGUUAAAUUUGCCUCCCCACUUUAUAAGUGGUACCUUAUUUCCUACUUGAUAGAUGCAACUGUCUUUCAGGUUGCUAGGUCAGCAAAGAGCCGGGGCUAUUUUUUAUUUUUUAAUUGAUGGGUGCUCACCCCGCCACGGGCUGGCCUCGAAUUCAUGACCUCAUGGUCAGAGUGAUUUAUUGCAGCAGGCCACUCACCAGCCUGCGCCACAGCCUGGCGCAUGAAAACAUGGAAUACAAACAACAUGAGAUUACAGUCAAGACUGCAAUAAUAUUGUGACAGUAGUGUUAACCUGCACCCAACACUCCAAAAUGCUUGUAAUCAAUAACAGUGCAAUGUGCCCAGGAUCAGAUGAAAUUCAGUAGAAGGCGUGAAUAGCAAAAUUUCUUUGCUGUACAUUGCAGAAACUUGUUUGCCUUGUUUGCAAGAACCGUCCAAGGUGAUGACCUCCUCUCUUGGCAGGCUGCCUGGUUCUUUUUCUCCUCCUUCCAGAGGCUGUUGCCUUUUGUGUUUGUUGUCUGCUAGGGCCAGGAAUGGAAACUGCCUGAAACACAGAGACCCACAUGGAGGGCUUCCAAGAAGGAAAUCAUCACUAGCUAGAACUCCCCGCCCUGCAGUAGCCACUCCCUUCAUAGUGGAACAUACUGUGGAAAGGCAAGUAUUUGUCCACCCAGUCAGAAGGACAGAAGAAAGCCUUCCACAGACAUGGCGUCUUCCUCCUCGGUGGCUGACUCCAUAGAGAGGCUGCAGGAUGAGGUGUCAUGUUCCAUUUGCUUGGAGUACCUCAGGGACCCCGUGACCAUUGACUGUGGCCACAACUUCUGCACAGUAUGUAUCACUGACCACUGCAAGAGAGGGGCAGAUCCCACAAUUGGAGCAGCUCUUUGCCCACAAUGCCGGGCCGGAUUCUUACUCAACAAUUCACGUCCCAACAAGCAACUGGCCAACAUUGUGGAAGGCAUUGAGCGGCUGGCUCUACGGCCGAGCAAAUUGUCUGCAGGCAGCGAGGCUUUGUGUGAGAAGCAUGGGAAGAAGCUGCGUCUCUUCUGCCAGGAUGAUAGUGAACCCAUUUGUUUGGUGUGUGACAAAUCGCGAGAGCAUCGCAUGCACACCGUCUUGCCCAUUGAGGAAGCUGCCUAUGACUACAAGAUUAAGAUCCAGGAAGCUGUGGCUCUUCUCAAGAAAGUUCUGGAGGAAGCAAAAAAACUGGAAGCGCAAGAGGAAGAGAAAACGGCUCAGUGGAAGGAAAAAGUAGAGGAAUGUCGAGUGCUCAUCAAAUCAGGUUUUGAAAAACGUCGCCAAGCGAUGGCCAAAGAGGAGCAGCUGCUUUUGAGGCAACUUCAUGAAGAAGAGCAAGUCACAGUGAAGAAGUUGCAAACAAACUGGGCUUUCCUUGCUGGGCAAUGUGCUGGGCUACAGCAGCUGAUAUUGGAAAUGGAACAGAAAAGCCAGCAGCCGGCAGCCUUUUUCCUUAAGGAUGUGAAAAACACUUUGAUCAGGAGUGAAGGGAUAUCCCUGCAAGGAUUGCAGCCCAUCUCGAUGGAUCUACAGGAGUCUUACGAUGUCCCUGGGCUUUUGGAGUCUCUCCGAAAAUACAGAGUGCCAAUAACCUUUGAUCCUGACACAGCAAAUCCCUACCUGCAUCUCUCAGAGGAUCUGCUCCGUGUUCAAGUUGGAGAUCGGAAACAAGAUCUGCCCAAGAACACCUCCCGCUUUGAGACAUGCACAUGCCUCAUGGGUUGCCAAAAGUUCACAUCCGGGAGGCACUAUUGGGAGGUCUGUGUGGAAGGCAAGACCAGCUGGACACUUGGAGUAUGCCAAGAGUCUGUGAGUCGCCAGGGGAUUUUCACACCCUCACCAGCCUCGGGGUUCUGGACAGUGUGGCUGAGGAACGGUGAUGAGUACGCAGCCCUGACCUCUCCUCUCACAGAACUCACACUGAAAACACCGCCGAGGAUCAUAGGCAUUUUCUUGGAUUAUGACACAGGAGAGGUCUCCUUCUACAAUGCUGACAGUGGAUCACACUUGUUUACAUUUGCAGACUCCUUCUCGGGAUCCCUGCAGCCUUACUUCUACCCUGGGGUAAAGGCUGGGGGAAAUGAUGCGCCACUCAUCAUCAUCCAGCCAGCUGGCCAUGAAGAUAAUCUUGUCCUUUCUACCACUGAGACCUUUUCUGGCAGUUAUAUGCCACUGUCACUGGAUGAAGACAAAUUUGUAUCAAAUAGUUAGGUUUCUCCAUGUGUUACAGGGUGGUUGGAUUUGGAGGCUGUAUUUUGCACAAAGCUCUGAAAAGUUCCUUCUAAGGAUGUAUUCACCAUAAUUACCAAGCCAAUAACCUUGAAAAAAGUUUCCAGGUCGUGUUGAUUUCCAAUGGUCCAAUAAAUGUGAACUUGGUAAGCAGCAAUGAUCUAAGGCCCAUUGUGCUGCUCUUUCUGAACCCUACUUGCUUCAUAGGAUUGUCAUAAGGCUAAAGUAGGGGAGGAGGAGAAUCAUUUACAUGCUUUAAACCCCUCAAAGUGGUAAAUGUGAUUAGUAAUACAUAAGUGAAGAAAUGCAUCUUUCCAUUGCCAACUAUCCUUUUGAUUAAAAUCACUCUUCAUUGCUUCUAUGACACUGGUUCUCAACCUAUGGGUCUCCAGAUGUUUUGGCUUUCAACUCCCAUAAAUCCUAACAGCUGGUAAACUGGCUGGGAUUUCUGGGAGUUGUGGGCCAAAACACCUGGGGACCCACAGGUUGAGAAACAUUUCUGUGAGCUUACGCCAAAUGGCCCAAAUUGUCUCAUAAGCCCAGCACCAGCAGCAGCCCAGAAAUAUGAUUAUGGUCAUCUUGACCACAUUCUGUUGUUCCCGGGCCACACAUGCUCCUACAUCCAUUUGUGAAAAUGCAGAAGGGUAUCAAACACCCCUUUCCAUGUACUGCUCAGCCAAUGAAAAUCUUUUUCCCUCUUGUAUCUAAUAUUAACUUUUUUUAAAAAAAAAUAUGGAAUAACUCUUGCUAUAUUUCAUAUUCUUGCUGCUAUGGCUACUAUCCUGUUGCCUUCUACAUUAACAAGCAUUAUUAAGAUUAAAAUUAAAACAUACAAAAAUACUGAAUCUGAAUUAAACUGAGAACCAUACACUUUACUUUAAAAAAAAUGCCAGUGGAAGGACAACAAGAAAAGAACUGUUCUAGCCUCCAAAGGGAGGGAAUCCCAGAGUUUGGGGGCAGGCACUGUGAAGGCCGUCUCUCCUGUUUCCAGCUGCCAUACUCAUGAAGGUGGCAGGACUGAAGCGAAGGUCUUCCUUGAAGGGAGAGUUAUAUUAUAAAAGCAGCAACUGUGCUCCUGUUGCCACAAACACUAUGACUUCAGCAACAGCAGGCUUGAAGUGGCCCCUUGCUGAGUUGGGGUGGUGGUGGUCCAAAUGGAGCCCCCCAGAAAUUGCCCACCUCAAGUGGAUUAGUACUCCAGGAUUGGCCAAAAACAAAGCCAUAUUUAUUUGCAUUUUACAUAAUCUUCACAUAAUGGGGAAUUCCAGGUCAUCUCUAGUGUGAUGUAAUCCUUGCUAGAAACCAUUUAUGGACAAAAAAUAGACACAUGACAUGACAGUAUUGUCUGUUUGUACACACUUGGCAAGAAUAAUAACUGUGAUGCAAUAGAUUUAGCAUUUCUCUUCCCAGCUGUCCUUUCUCUUCCCCUGCCGUACUUUUUUUUUUUAAAAAAAAGUAUUUACUUCCUGCCUGCCAUAUGUCAUUUCAUUUUAACAACAACCCUAUUGUUACAGGCUGAGAUAGUGGAAUGGAUGGGAAUUGUGUGGCUCUCCAGAUGUUGUUGAACUGCAACUGCAAGCAGAGCCGGCUCUAGGUAUUUUUCAAGUGUAGGCGAACAGAAUUUUGCCCCCCCCCCCAAAAAAAAACCAAUCACUGAAAAAUAAAAGGGUUGGAUAAGUGAAAAUGUUGGAUAAUAAGGAGGGAUUAAGGAAAAGCCUAUUAAACAUCAAAUUACAUUAAGAUUUUCCAAAUUAAGCAUUAAAACACCAUAUUUUACAAGAAAUCAACAGAAAAAGCAGUCUCAACUGUGCCCCCGUAUGUUUUGCACCCCAAGCGACCGCUUAAUUCGCCUCAUUGUUGGACCGGCUCUGACUGCAAGCAUCCGUCACCACUGUCUAUGAUGGCUAGAGCUUUUUGGAAGAUAUAUGCUCAAUGGAAACUUCAAGAUCUUUUUCUAAUAUACUAUCUACUACAUCACAUGGGAGCCCUCGGUGGCGCACUGAGUUAAACUGCUGAGCUGCUGUCAAGACCCAGGCUACGGAGCACCAAUAACCAUGCGCAGAGGCCAGAUUCUAUCUAAUAUCUUUAUUAAAGGAAUAUAUAAAGUCAAUAAAAACAAGUGAAGAAUAAAGUUCAGAAGUAGACCUUUCAGGAAAGGUCAAAUAUAGUCCAGGAAAACAAUGUCCAAUAUGAGAUAUUAGAGUCCAAAGUUAUAAUCCAAUAACCGAAACACACACUUUGCCAAGCAAAGUGUGGGGAAAUGACAAGGUCCUUUAGUCCAAUGGAGCUUGACAACAAGGCUGAGAAACAAACUGGAUUCUUGGCAAACAAGGCUUGAUACGAGGCAGCAAGAAGCAAGAAGCAAGAACGUGGUCCGUGACGAGGUCUGGGGAACAAGGCUGGCUUGGAACUGGUACAAGAUCCGUGGCAAGGUCCUGGAAACAAAGGAACUGGAGUAGCGUAGUCUACACACGAAUUCACUCCAGAAGCUGACGAAUUGACUCCGCAAGGAUCCCCCUUGCGGGAAAUAGCUAUAUAGGAUCUUGUUUUCCCGCCAAGGAACACUUUCCCUGGGGAACAAGAAGUGAAACCCAAACUGUGUCCGGAUGCAUGACUCCUUAAGAUUUCCCAAGGGAAACAGGCUUAAUCAGCUAAUUGUCUGGCAGCGAUCCUGGCGCUUCGGCGACUCGCCUCCCGAGCGCCUCUAUCUCGAUUAUAAUCAUCCCGGCGAGAGAACGGGGGAGAAUUCUGCCCAAGGCUUGUUUGGCUGACUUCUUGAGGGCAAACAUCCUGCAGGUGCAGGGCCUCCGAUUCUGGCUGAAUCGGUGGGAAAUCAAAGUUUUCCUCUUCAUCUGUCACCAUAGUACUAGGAACAGGACUACAUGGCCCAUGAGACAUCACAGCUGCUGAACUUGCUGACCAAAAAGUCGGUGGCUUGAAUCCGGGAAGCAGAGUGAGCUCCCGCUAUUAGCCUCAGCUUCUGCCAAUCUAGCAGUUCAAAAACAUGCAAAUGUGAAUAGAUCAAUAGGUACUGGUCUGGUAGGAAGGCAACGGCACUCCAUCCAGUCAUGCCAGCCACAUGACCUUGGAGGUGUCUGCGGAAAAUGCCGGCUCUUCGGCUUAGAAAUAGAGAUGAGCACCAACCCCCAGAGCUGAACACAACUAGAUUUAAUGUCUGGGGAAAACCUUUACCUUACCUACAUUACAGUAAUAGGCUACAUAGCUCCAUUGUACAAAGAAGUUUGAUAAGAGUGAUGUUUAACCCUGCCUAAGCUGGUGAACCUGUAUUUGAAUUACACAGUAUGACACCACAUCCUCUGUGGAUAUGUUUCUGUACUUUAAUACAUGAUUUUAAAAACCUUAUUGAAAUGAAGGACGCCCGAUCCAAAAAUUCCACAGAAUUGCACUGGAAGACCAAACAUUGUUGGAAAUAGAUAAAUAAAACCACAGGUACUGAUCUCAGUGACAUGAGUGUCAAUAUCAAGUUUUACUUUGGGGUGAAGGGUGCCUGACAACAUCUCUACAAAGCAUAGAAUGGAAUGGAAUUGGUUACAUUAUUCAGAGUACCCAAAAAGCUGUUACUUUGUUACUGCAGUCAGAAAGCAACAUCACAUUACAACUUUUGCUACUAUUGAACCAUGAGGAAAAAUACAUAACAAUGCUGUCUGUGGGUAUCACUGAAUGGACUUCCCCACCAACAUUCACCAACAUAGACACAGUGAACCAGAUUAUCUGGCUGCCCCAUUGACAGCACAGAAUUUUAAAAAUAAUUUUAUUAAGGUUUUCUAUGUAUAUGUAGGUAAAAAAAGGGGGACAGCGUUUGGCAGGAUAGAAUUUGGGUAGGGGUUUAGGUAGAGUAGGUAGGAUAGAGUAACACUAAUUUAUCUGUGUCAGGGUCUAAAGGAUUAGGAAGGUAAGGAAAAAGGGAAGAUAUAGAAAGGGGGGUUGUUGUCUUCCAAUCUUCUUCUUAGUUAAUUUAUAGUCUCUAGUCUCUUAUUCUUUCCAAUAUGUGCUUCCCUUUUUCUUUCUUCUUUUAUUUGGUCCAUUUUAUUUGCAUUUGUCAAAAUAAAUUAUACUAUUAUCUUCAUUUUCUCUCAGUUCAUAUAAUCCUUGAAUAAUGGCCAGUCUGUUAUCCUCUUUGGUCUCCUCUUUUGUCAGCAAAUGAGUUAGUUUAUCCAUGUCCAUAAUUUCCAUAAUUUUUAUUAGCCAUUGAUUUGUUAUUCUCCAGUUUCUUGUGUAUGCAAUCCUUCCAGCUGUUACUAAGUAAUUAAAGAAUAUCUUUGUUUGUGUCCCUAUCUAAAUCCUUAUCUGUCAAUCCUAGUAGGAAGUAUUCUGGUUUCAUUUGUAUUUUGAUUUUGAGGAUCUUUUGGAUAGUUUCUUAGAUCGCUUUCCAAUAAUUUUUCACUUUUCUGCAGGUCCACCACAUACGUUAGAAUGAACUUUCUUGAAUUUCACAUUUCCAACAUUUAUUUUAUAUAUUCUUAUAAAACAUGCCUAAUUAUUACCUAACCAUUGGUACAUUAUUUUAUAACAAUUUUCUUUUAAGUCCAUAGCAUAUGUAAAUUUCAAUUUUUGAUUCCAUAUAGAUUCUUAUUCAUUUUACCUUAUUUCUACCUCUAUCUCUACCCUACCUUUCUCUAUCCCGAAGAGGACUUAAAGUGGCUUGCAUAUGGCAACCAUUAGAUGCCUUAAAAUACAUACAACAGGGACUAAAAAUCAAUUAAAAUUUAAAAUUAAUACAUAUUAAACAUUUAAAAACAUCACAUUCAAUAUUAAAAUCACAUCAUCUGAAAAUCUUAAUCCAAGGCCGUUCCACUGUCAAUUGUACAUUAUUCCAAGGCUAUUAUUGCACUAUACUAAUUACCAACAGCCUAAUUUUAUUGGGCAGCCUAUAUUGGUGGCCCAUUUUAUCAUGGAUUCUUUUAUUUGUUCCAUUUCAGUGGACCACUCCAAUAAUUUUUCUUAUAUCUUUGUAACCCUUUUCUUUUCUAAUGAUAUUAUUUUUUCUCAUAUCGAUGAAACCUAGGUUUUUUUUGGUUUUGUUAUAGUAUUCUUUGAGUUGCAUAUAUUGAACCAGGAGAUGUUCUUGUAUAAAUGGUUAAUGUCUUCUUGUGUUUUCAUCUGAUAUGUUCCAUUUUGUUUUUUUCAAAAUUUCUUUUAGGUAACACAGUAAUUUUGUAGUGAGUGUAUAGAGAUAGUCAUUCGUGUUAGUCCCACUUUUCUCCCAACUCCUUCUCCCACAAACAGUUUCUCCAAAAUUAAUGGAAUAAAACAUUGAAACAUUA